AUGUUUUUUUUUUUUUUUUUUUUGUUGCUAAUUUUCUAUCAAAUUAAAAAUUACAAAAAAAAAUUUCGGGGAAAAUUGUUAACGAUUGGUCCGGAUUACGAAGAAUCAGACGAAGAAGAACAAAAGGCAAGAAUGGUUAAUUUAUUAGAAGAAUGGAAAGCUGCUUGUCAAGCGAGACAACAAAAAAAAAUUGACAUCGGUUACGAUAAUGAUAAUAAAUAUGGUUCAUUGAAUCGCGGAGAUAAAUUAUAUCAAGAUGAUUAUGACGGUUAUUCCGGAAGGAGGAUAAACGUUUUAGCCACACAAAAAUUUCCAACCGGUUACGCGUCGUGUCCCCCCAACAGUAGUAGUAGUGGUAGUAGUAGCAGUGGUGGUACCAUUAACAUGCAUCUACAAAACACUUUUAGAUUUACUUCUCCCGGUUACAUGGAUCCUACCGUUCGAUUUCAACCUAAAAUUCCCAUCAUUGGAAAUUAUCAUUCUUAUCAAACGCCACCGGAAACGACGUAUAAUCAUUGCGAAACGGGUCACGGGAUUUCGUCAAACGAUUUUCCGAAUCCAUUGCGCACAAAUUAUGGUCCCGUCUCGUUGAGACAAAGUUCUAUAAAUUCACAACUUCAACAUUAUCCAGAGAAUCAAAGACUGUACCCUGAAAGUAUUAGACAAUUCCAAGAUUAUUCAAAAUCUUAUCAAGAUAGUAGAUCUUAUACCAUGCCGUCACGACCGUUACCCGUAGUUAACGUUCUUCACGAGCACAGAUUAUAUGGCACCGAUGUAAAUAGUAGGCUACACCAAAUGUAUCAAGAUGAUUCUAGAACGAGUGAAGACGUGGUGUCACAAAGAAUCAUGAUGGACAUACCUAGGCAAUACAUUGAAUCCCAAAGAACGGAUAAUAUAAGACCCAAUUUCGGAGGAGUAGAAAGUGCGAGAACGUUUCACGAUUCGUUAUUCGCAGAGAAACAAAGGCAGCAAUAUCCGGAUAGCGUGAGACAAAUGGAUGGACCAAGACCACCACCGAAUUCUUUUCAAAGGCCUCCAAUUUUAACUCAAAGAUCUCUCACGGAACCUUCUAGAAUGUAUAAAGAAUUAGAUAAUGAUGAUGGAGGUUUUCAACGUCAGGAUCUAAGGUUUACCGAAACGAAAGGAGAGAGUUCGACGUGUCGCAUUUAUAAUCCUAAUCAUUUAAAAGGUGGAAGAUCUCUUAGUGUAGAAGUACAAUUUGUGGCUGGACCUCCACCACCGAGAGAAAUGAUACCCCUUCAGGGUGCUCCUGGUCCUCCUCUUCCUCCUCCUCCUCCUCAAGGAUCACCGAGACCAUUAAUUGCGAGAGGAAUUCAAUCCAACAUGCAUCGUUUACCAUCAAAUUCGAUUGUUCAUUAUAAAAAAUCCCAAGGUGCUUUUACUUAA